UUCUUCUACCAUGCCUGCGUAUUAGGUAUAUGAUAUAGUAAAAAACCAAGAUUUACAGAGGUUAUAAUAUCGAUGAUGAUACGUUAUUUUCGUAUAUUUAAUAAGGGGUCAAUGAUAUAUUUAAUGAUGCAGUAAAAUAUUCAAGUUUGACAAGUCUUUACUAUUAUAGUUAUUUUGUUAGUUUGAACUAUUAAUGCGACGACUAGACUUUUGCAAUAUGCAGUAUUGUUGCGCCACAACAGCUGAUCGUCCUUGAGUAGUCCGGCUGCAGUCGGCGGCUUUUAUAGAACUUCACGUGUACGUAUGUACUUAUAUCGCCGCAGUAUAUCUACAAUUCUACUCCAAAAUUAUUUCAGAAUUGUGAAACAAAAGUAAGAUGGCUAAAUACCUAGCACAAAUCAUUGUGCUAGGCACGCAAAUGGUGGGUAGAGCGUUUGCCAGAGCUCUUAGACAAGAAAUUGCAGCCAGUCAAGAAGCUGCGCGCAGGGCAGGUGGUGGACAACAAGGUUCUAAUCGAGUUGCAGCCAAUACUCGAACUGGUGUAACUUUGGAUGAAGCUUUACGAAUAUUAAAUGUCGAGCGACCGGACCAAACUGAAGAAAUAGCCCGCAAUUACAAGUAUCUCAUGGAAGCAAAUGAUAGAUCGAAAGGAGGCUCCUUUUAUAUACAAUCUAAAGUAGUUAGGGCAAAAGAACGAAUUGACGAAGAAUUGAAAAAUACAAAAAGUGCACCACCCCCAAAAUCAGAAAGUUCUAAACAGGAUUCAGCCUCAGCGCACUGACAUUUUGGUCUGACUUCUAGUCCAAAUUUGUUAAUUGUUUAAUAGCAUUCUGUAAAUACUUGUCUAAGAAUUAGAAUAAAUAAAUACAUUUGUAAUAUCUUAAGUUUCACUGUAUAAUAUGAAAAUGACUUUUGUUGAACAAAAUAAAUGGUACGUUUAUACGUUAUACAAAUAUAAAUUUAUUGGUCAAUAAAUAUAAGCUUUAUAAUACACAGUCUUGCAAAUCAAGUACUUGCUCUUUUACGAGUACUUUGUUCAGGUACAAGUUGAUUAAUUUCAUUAAAAAAAUAAUUAUACAUUAUUUAUACCAGCUACUUUAGCAUCUGAUGGUUCUAUUCUGCUUUGAACCUGACGAAUGCUCAAUCGUUCUUGAUUAUGACACACAGACCAUAAUUCAGGCAAAUAUUUAGGUUU